AAAUUAAACUUUCUCCAUUGAAAUUCACUGCGAAAAAAAAAAAAAACCUUUUCCCAGUUAUAAUACACUACUUAAAUUAUUAGAGAAAAGAAAAAGCUAUGUGUGGUGGUGCAAUUAUCUCCGAUUUGGUACCUCCUAGCCGGAUUUCCCGCCGGCUAACCGCCGAGUUGCUAUGGGGUAACUCUGAUCUGAGCAAAAAGAAGAAAAAUCCAGGGAAUUAUUACUCAAAGCCUUUGAACAGGUCUAAGUUUAUUGACCUUGAUGAGGAAUUUGAAGCUGACUUUCAGGACUUCAAGGACUAUGCCGAUGACGAUGUUGAUGAUGUUAAGCCCUUCGGUUCCAAAUCUGUGAAAUCUGGCGAUUCAAGCUGCGAUACUGAAAAAUCUUCUAAGAGAAAGAGGAAGAAUCAGUACCGGGGGAUCAGACAGCGUCCUUGGGGUAAGUGGGCAGCUGAAAUUCGUGAUCCGAGGAAAGGGAUUCGAGUUUGGCUUGGAACUUUCAAUUCUGCGGAAGAAGCAGCCAGAGCUUAUGAUGUUGAGGCACGAAGGAUCAGAGGCAAGAAGGCUAAGGUGAACUUUCCUGAUGGAUCUCCAGCUUCUGCUUCAAGACGUGCUGUUAAGCCAAAUCCUCAGGAGGCACUUCGCGAGGAAAUCUUGAACACAGUUCAGCCGAACACAACUUAUAUCAACAACUUGGACGGCGGAUCUGAUGAUUCGUUUGGCUUUUUCGAAGAGAAACCAGCAGCAAAGCAGUAUGGCUAUGAGAAUGUUUCUUUUACUGCUGGAGAUAUGGGACUGGGUUCAAUUUCCCCUUCAACUGGUACAACAAAUGUUUACUUCAGUUCUGAUGAAGGAAGCAACACCUUUGACUGCUCUGAUUUCGGUUGGGGUGAACCAUGUCCGAGGACUCCAGAGAUCUCAUCUGUUCUGUCAGAAGUUCUAGAAUGUAAUGGUACUCAAUUUGAUGAAGAUGCUAGACCAGAGAAAAAACUGAAGUCGUGUUCCAACGCUUCCUUGCCAGAUGAGGAUAACACUGUGCACACGCUAUCUGAAGAGCUAUCGGCUUUUGAAUCCCAGAUGAAGUUCUUGCAGAUCCCAUAUCUUGAGGGAAAUUGGGAUGCAUCAGUUGAUGCCUUUGUCAACACAGGCGCAAUUCAGGAUGGCGGAAAUGCGAUGGAUCUCUGGACCUUCGAUGAUGUUCCUUCUUUAAUGGGAGGUGUCUACUAAGCCAACACGCACCUUCCCUUACUAAGUUUUGUAAAUAAAGCUUCAUUUGAGUGAAGUUUGCAGUUAUGUUGUCUCCAAACAAAAAAGACUAUAUAUGUGUUGUAUUAAAUUUAUUUCAUAAAUUUACUUGUUUGAU